CAAGCAUACUGAGACUGGUCCUGCAUCAACAGCAAUCUGCUAGUGAUACUGUUCCUGCAGCACUGGUGUAAGAAGGGUUGAGAUGCCAUGGAGAUACUAUAUUCCCAGCCCUUCCUGGUGACUGAAUCCCCUUCAGCUCUGGCCCUCCGUGUAGUUAAAUGAGCCCAACUCCGCCUUCCCAACCUGUGAGAGAAGGGGAGGAAGGGAAGCGUUGCAAGCCGUUGCUACGGCCCCGCAGCGGCGGGCUGAGCUGCUUCGGUGGCUGCCAUCCCGCUGCAUCAGCGGCUGCACGAAUUUAAUUGAACUUGGAGGAUGAAAUCCAACCUAAUGUAUUUGGUUCCCCCAGUGAGUAGGGACAGAAUAAUCUCCGAGUUUCCCAAGUGGUACACACCUGAGGCCUGUCUGCAGUUCAAAGAGAACUUCCAUGCACAGGUCAGGACUGUUUGUCAGCGGAGCACUGAAACAGCUGGGCUGAAAAUAUCCAAAGUGGUUGUGGUAGGAGACCUGUAUGUUGGGAAGACCAGCCUUAUCAACAGAUUUUGUAAAGAUAACUUUGACCGAGACUAUAAGGCAACCAUUGGAGUGGAUUUUGAAAUCGAACGUUUUGAAAUAAUUGGAAUGCCAUACAAUCUCCAGAUAUGGGACACAGCAGGUCAGGAAAAGUUCAAGUGCAUUGCAUCUGCUUACUACCGAGGAGCAGAGGUUAUAAUUACAGUGUUUGAUCUGGCUGAUAUCCAGACUUUGGAUCACACCAAACAGUGGCUAGAAGAUGUAUUGAGGGAGAAUGAGCCAGAUUCCAGCUUAAUCUUUUUAGUUGGAACAAAAAAAGAUCUGGUGUCAGAUGCUGUGUGUGAAAGGACAGAGCUAGAUGCCAUCCGCUUUGCCAAAGAGAUGCGGGCAGAAUACUGGUCAGUUUCAGCCAAAACAGGGGAAAACGUCAGAGCGUUCUUCUCCCGAGUUGCUGCCUUGACCUUUGAACAGUCCAUGAUAAAGGAGCUGGAGAAAACUGCUGGGCAUGUGGCCCAAAUUGGGGCAGGAAACCUCAUCAAACUGGAAAAGAGCAUGACGGAAAUCCCAGAAGGCAAAACUCAAGCCAGCCUGAGUUGCUGUUAACCGUCAACUGUUUCUGCAAGCGCCAUGCUUCUCUGUAGUCCAGCACAGACCACCUGCAACAAUGAAAGCUCUCAAGCCAGAAACAGUUUUAUUUUUGGAAAUGAGGGAGGAAAAAUACCCCAACUUUCUUUCUGAGUUCCCUUGCUGCUGCAGGCUCGCUUGUGCAGAAUGGUAAAAUUGUUACAUAAACCUUUCUCUGUCUAGUGGAAACAUAAUAUCCUUGUCUUAAUGCAAGAUGACAUUGCUGGUGCCUUGUACUCACCUGUCUGCCAGAAACACUUGUAGUCAAAAGUUACGUAAUUUUGGUGUGGUAUUCUUAGGUAAUUCUCUAGAAGUCUUAGUGAGUUGCGUUCUUAUGGGAGCAGAAAACAAAUGGCAGUUCAGAAUAAAGAGUGCUAUGCAUAUAUUUUUGCCUUUUAAGGUCAUAGUAUAAAAUAACUCUGACUUUCUUUUAUGUAUUCCAAAUAUUUAAAAACUGUUCCAAAAGAAAUCUUUUAAAAUAACAGGUAUGGAGGUACAUGAAUGCAGGCUGUGUAGUUUUCACUGUGGUUUCUCCAUUCAGGAAAAAUCUGUAUUAGUUUUUGUUUUCCACUUGAGAAUCAGAGCCCAGUAUUUAAAUAUUUCCAAGCCUAGGAGAAGUCCAGGUAGGAACUUUGUUGUUUUAUCCCAGCUGUCUAAUAUUUUGAAAAUGUUACCAGGUAAGGAUGCUAUUCUUUUUCCACCCUCUUGAAAAAGAAAGAAUGGUCACAUAGGUACAUAGCAUAGAAAAAUUAGAUUUCAUGUAUUCCAUCUCCCGAAGAGGAUGCAGAAUCCUUCUCUGGAUUAUCUUCAUUAGUAUUGUCUAACCUGCAGUUACACUUUGUGGCAAGAGUAACGACACUUUAAUUUUAUUCUAACUGGGGUCUUUUGUUUGUAGUAACGUGAUAUUGUUCUGGAACCAUACGCGGUCCCAGUCGUGAACUUGUUGAUCCCUGUCUCUGGUAGGAUCUCUGAGCUGGUAAGGUUAGAUUCAGUACCGCUGCUAAACUCCUAGUCCCUCUAUCUACUUUUACUACACGAGAUAAUUUGAUCACUAGAUGCUGGGAGCAGUUUGCUCCACUGCUUAAUAAGAAGCAGUAAUAGAGAAAUAGUUUUGCCAUUUUGUGAAAAGACUUGCAAGUGUAUGUGGGUUUAGAAGGGUGGGAAAAGAUUGAGUUUUCCAAAGCAAACACAUGCUUGUUAAGCCCUAAGGUACUCGCUGUGUGAAGAUGUCAUUACUGAAUGCUUGCAACAGAACCUGCUGUCUGGACACAUUGCUGUGACUUGGGGUGCUGGCUGGAUUGAAAGUGCAUUGCCCCAGUUUUGCCUUUUCAAAUCGCCGUUGUCAUAACCUAGUGCAAUUAGUUCUUUAGAAGUUAGUCAUUAAUGAUGGGUGUUAAUCCAAUAAAUAGGGAGAGAUUAGCUCUGAGUACCACCAAAUUUCAUUGAAGUAAAGCAGCUUUGUAAUGCUCUUCUCUUUGGGUAACGACGACUGAUGCCAAAAGAUACUCCUGUUUUAAGUCAUUCCUGCCGACAAAUGACAUUGCAAGAAACUUCAAUGACAAAUAAUGUUGCCAGAAAUUUCACAAAUACUGACCAAAUAUUUGUUAUAGUAAUUGCAUUAGUAUGAUAGAUUGUGAUAAUGAGGUUUAAAGUGCAAAAGUACAAAAGUACAAAAGAAGUUAAAGGGAAAUACUGGAAAAAUUAGAGGGAAAUAAAAUGAGCGUAUCUCACAGAAUUUUAAUAUUCAGUUCCGAGUAUCUAGUUAGUAAUAUUUCUCAAAAGAUAAAUGAGAUGAUGUAAACCUUUUGCAUUAAACCAUACAAAUUAUUGUCCCUCAAAAUUACUAUAAAUACUCAAACGAAAUAAUUAACAAAGGUAUCAACUGGGACAACAGAAAGACUGCUUUUCUAGAACUCUGUCAGCAGCUUAUAACUCCAUACUUCUGAGAUUCAAAUCCAGCAUUUCAUGCUAUGCUGGCAUAAAAAAAGUUGGAACAUCUUCUGUAAUGCUCUAAAUUUCAUACUGCAACUGGUUUGAACAGAGAGAAAGAAGAAAACUUAUGGAGAGUUUCAAGUUACAGUUUUGUAAGGUGUUAAUUCAGUCAUUACAGAAAGUAUUUGGAAAACUGAUUAUAACAGGACCUUUCAGAUUUGAGCUGCUGAGAAAAUAAAGAUAUUUGUUAUAAAUCUAUGCAUCAAACUAAAGGUAUUCUAGAUUCCCUUCCAUUCCCCCCCCGACUGAUGAUAAAUAGGAAAUAGCAGAAAAAAGAUGACUUAAACAUCCUUUUUAUUACUUCUAUUUUCUUAUGAUGUGAUUUAGAGCAGCUUCAUAGAAUCUGACGACUAGAGAUCUAGGAACUCUUUCUAGUUGGACAAUCUUCCCUUCGGCAAUUGUGCCAACUCUGGCAAAGGUGCAAAUGUGGCAUUUGGUGGAGAAAAUGAAUGUGUGUGGGUACGUAAGGAGUUAUUUAUCCAAAUGUGUAAUAUUUUGACCUUAUGAUGUUCUAUGUAUUUGUUCAUCUCCCAAAUCUGUUUCGCAAAGAUGAUGAAUACACACUCCACUUGCAUCACAUGCCGCACGGAGUUGGUGGCGUAGCCACGGUCGUCAUGUUUACCGAGUUUGAAUGAGAGUAGAAAAGAUGGUUUGCUCUGCUAAAGGAAAUCAUGCUGUUGAGGCUAGGAGCUAGUUUUCAGUGCAGAUGUGUUGGUGUUUACAGCUGCCAAAUGAAUCCAUAACAAAUCUAAGGAAAGAUCAGCAUUCCAGGUUUGGUUCCCCCCCCCCCCCCCCCAAUAUCUGUUUCUUUCGUUGAUGAGCUUGAUUAUUGUACAAAAUCAGAGAUGCAGUCUCUUCAACAAUGCAAUCACGUUGCCUGGAAAGUCAACUGGGACAGUUUUUCCUAGUGAUUCAUAAGUUGCUGGAUGUCAUUACUGGUUUGUAUCUUCUGGAGCUCCAAAGACUUCACGUACAAAUGCAACACUGUCAGUCAUUAACUAUCACUUGACAAUGGUCUGACUCCACUUAUUUUAUGAUGGAUGCUUUGAGACAGGGGUGGUCUGGGCUGGUGGGGUUUGCUUGGCUGGUUUUGGGGGGUGUUUUUUAGCCCCCCUGAUACUUCCCCUGCAAAGAACUCAGUGUUAGUAAUUGAUCAUCUAAAAUGAAUCUUGGAUCAUGCUGCAAAUGAUGAAUUGCUUAGGAAAGCACAAAGGAAACUAACUUUGGUGGAAAAAUAAAUGUAAGUUUGCAAGUUCUUAAA